UUAUGCCCAUACCAAUAUUGAGACACACACACUCUUCUCCUCUUGCAUUGCAGUCCCCACAAGUAACAAAACACAGUACAAGCAUCAUCAUCAAAACGGAGGAAAAAAAGAGAUCAAGUUGCAGCAGCAGGAGAAAAAUGCGGUUGUCUUACGUUUGUGAGGGACAACAAAAAGAAUUGGGAAGACAACAAGCACCUGGUUCUUGUCCUUAUUGUGGUGGCAAAGUUGAAGCCAUGGAUGUUGAGGUUCAAUCCAAGCUCUGCUUCUUACCUAUGUGCUUUCAGAUCAAGAGGAAAUACUUUUGUACUCUUUGUUCUAGACGCUUAGAAAUUUUGUAUGACUAAACUAUGCUCUUAAUAUUUGUCUUAAUUGGCCAUUAGAGAUGAAAAUAACUAGGCCUGGUGGGUUAUGUUAUGACUUAUGAGUAUUUAUUUUUUCUUUUGUUUAUGUUGAUGUUUGUUCUUCUGGGUACUAACAAGUCCAUUAUUCCAACAUGUUUAACUGGUACCUCAAAAUAGGCCCCAUAUUGAGUA